GGGGGGGGCGGGGGGUGGAGGGAAGAAGCCGCAGUGAAGUUUGUGCGAUCGUCGCUUUUGACGUCAGGGCGGAUCGGCCUCGGCGAAAAGGGCGAAAUGGCGAGAACCGCGAGGCCUCUGAGAAGAGCCAUUUCCCAGGUGCUCGAUUUCCCGGCCUACAUCUGCCGCGAGAGAAGCAGCCAACACACCGUCAGGCAUCUGCCUUCCUGUGGUAUUCUAAUGAACAGAACCCCCACACUCAAGAUACUAAGAAAUUGCCUCACCCAGCAAAGAACCUUAUUCAACCUUGCAGGGCCAUUCAUAAAUAAGAAGAAGGAAUAUUCAGAGAGACGAGUCAUUGGGUAUUCCAUGCUGGAAAUGUAUACCGUAGUGUCUGGUGUUGCUGACUACAAACAUUUUGUGCCGUGGUGCAAAAAAUCCGACGUUAUCUCUAAACGCUCAGGGUAUGCUAAAGCUCAACUUGAAAUAGGAUUUCCACCGAUUGUUGAAAAAUACACCUCAGUUGUUACUCUGGUACGGCCGCAUUUAGUAAAGGCCUCCUGCACAGAUGGGAGACUUUUUAAUCACUUGGAGACAAAUUGGCGUUUCAGCCCAGGAGUUCCUGGAUACCCAAGAACUUGCACUGUUGACUUUUCGAUUUCCUUUGAAUUCCGUUCAUUGCUGCACUCUCAGCUUGCCACAGUGUUUUUUGAUGAAGUUGUGAAGCAGAUGGUGGCAGCGUUUGAAAGAAGAGCAGGAAAGUUGUACGGUCCAGAAACCAAUAUCCCACGAGAACUUAUGCUUCAUGAGGUGCAUCAGACGUAGAUUAAAAAUAGGAAGGAACCGUUGUAGGUCCCCUUCUUAAUGUUGUAUAGUUUUAUUUAUUGGUGUGAUGCAGUUCAACUUCCAUGUGUGGGAGUGAUUAUCUUUACCUAUAUGUAUCACUUGGUUUUACAAUAUGUAUUAUGUAGCUGUAAAAAUGUUAUAGGAAAAGCUUUGGCAAAAAAUGUUAUAUACAAUUGCAAGGCUAUAUGUACAUAAAGUGCAAAUUAUUUAAGGUGUAACUAAGUGCAAUUUUCACCUAUUGUGGUGCAUUGUUAAUCUGGACUGGCUACUGAGGUUCAAUCUGUCCAAGGAUAGAAAUGAGCAAACAAGCUUGUAUUUAUGUUCAAGGUUUGGGGAAAAAGACAAUUUUGAGCAAUGAGCAUGUGAUGUUAGUAUCAAACACUAAUACUGAGAUGUCUAGUGAUGUGUGGUCUUGAGAUUGCAGAUAUUUUUCAUACAAUGUACUUUGCUGUAGAUUUUGGAACUAUUUUCAUAUUAGUCCUACCCUUCAAUACCUACAACCAAAGUAACAGCAUUUUAAAUUAAAGGCUCCAUUACUAAUCUGUUGACUUAUGGUAAUAUAACUUUUUAGUUCUGGUGCUACUGUACACAGUUCAGGAUUUACAGUAACAGAACUGGCAUAGUUGUAGAUCAUAUUUCUACAGCAGUGGAUUGUGAAUCCAAACAUCCAUUGUUUAGUUAAUUCCUUUUCUUGGACUGUUUUUUAGUCCCUAAAACUGGUAGCGUUUGUUUGUAAAUAGGUGUAAACUCUUCCUUCCUCCAGUUUGCUGUGCUGAUGAUUAAAGCCAACAAAGGUGACCUCCAUUAAGGGGUCAGGAUCAGGAAUAGAUUCAGUUAAAAUUCCUCUCCCCUCCACUAUCUAGCAACCUUGCUUGUCUUAAUUUUUGACAGAUGUAUCAAAGGAAUCUGCCUAAAAUUGUUGCUGUAUAUGUUGCUGUCUAGGCUCAAAGAUGAGAAAAUGUGAGUGAGGUACUACAGGGCUUCUGGCACUUGUGCAAUCGAGGCUCAUCACAAAGGGGAGGAAAGAAAAAUCUUCAUCGAUCAUAACUGUAAAGUAUCAAGUUGAACUUGUGGGUUGGAAGUUGAUUGUUCUUUGAUUCUGAAUAUUCUGCAAUUGUCCAUUGCCUCCUGCUGUGAACCUGCUCUAUAUGGAUCUUGCUGCUGGCCAUGAUUUAUGUCCUGCUUGUUGCAGCAAAAUAAUUGACCAGUGUCAAUUGAAAAGCUAAUGAUAAUAAAAAUAAGGACUGCAAUUCAA